AUGGCAUCCCAAUCUCAACAACAAAGUACUAAUAUUGGUAGCAGCACGGGUAGUGGGUCUGGUGCGGAAUCAACGCAAAAUGAGGGUUUGCCUCCAUUGUGGAGGGAAGUUCCUUUGCCUAGUGAAUCUCUUUCUCAUUUGGACUCCGAUUCUACAUUCAAGAAAAGAAAGUCUGAAAAAUCACCUAUUACUAGAUGUUUUGGGAUUGAAACUAGGGAUCAAUUGGAUCAAGAAAUUGCAAGGAUGUUUUACACAGGAGGGUUGCCAUUUAAUCUUGCUAGGAAUCCACACUAUAUGAGGGCCUUCACUUUUGCUGCCACCCAUAAUAUAGGAGGUUACAAACCUCCUGGUUACAACAAGCUUAGAACUACAUUACUUGUACAAGAAAAAGCUAAUGUAGAGAGGCUUAUGAUACCAUUGAAAUCAACUUGGAGAGAAAAAGGGGUAACAAUUGUGACUGAUGGAUGGAGUGAUCCAACAAGAAAACCUCUCACUAAUUUCAUGGCUACGUUUCGUAAUGGUCCAAUCUUUCUUAAAGCUGUGAAUUGUUUUGGUGAAGUGAAAGAUAAGUAUUUCAUUGCUAAUCUUAUGAAAGAAGUCAUUCAAGAAGUAGGCCAUCAAAAUGUUGUGCAAAUCAUAACUGACAAUGCAGCAAAUUGCAAAGGGGCGGGGGAGCUCAUUGAGAGUGAGUUUCCUCACAUUUAUUGGACACCAUGUGUUGUUCAUACCCUUAAUCUUGCUUUGAAGAAUAUUUGUGCGGCAAGGAAUGUGAAUAGCAAUCAUGAAACUUAUGAAGAAUGUAGUUGGAUCACAGAAAUCCAUGGAGAUGCCAUUCAAAUUAAAAAUUUCAUCAUGAACCACAACAUGAGAUUGGCCAUGUUCCAAAGAUUUUCUCCUCUUAAGUUGCUUUCCGUGGCCGAUACUCGCUUUGCCUCCAUUAUUGUGAUGCUUAAGAGAUUUAAGCUCAUCAAACGAGGUCUUCAAGCCAUGGUUAUAAGUGAUGAGUGGACUUCUUAUAGAGAAGAAGACAUGGGGAAGGCAAACUUUGUGAAGGAGAAGAUUGUGAAUGAUGAUUGGUGGGACAAACUUUCUUACAUUGUUGAUUUCACAAGGCCUAUCUAUGACAUGAUUAGGCAUUGUGACACCGAUAAACCAUGCCUUCACUUAGUGUAUGAGAUGUGGGAUUCCAUGAUUGAACAAGUGAAGCUUGAGAUUUACAAGAAAGAAUGUCGUCCUCAUUCGGAGUUUAGUCCCUUUUUUCAUGUGGUUUAUGAAAUCUUGGUAGCUCGUUGGGCAAAAAGCAACACUCCUCUCCAUUGUUUAGCCCACUCCUUGAACCCGAGGUUCUAUAGUGAUGAAUGGCUACUUGGAGCUCCAUCUAGAGUUGCUCCUCAUAGAGAUGGUGAAGUAUCUCGAGAAAGAAUGAAGUGCUUUCGUAGAUUAUUUGCACUUAGUGAUUGUUGGUAA